UUGUGCUUCCUCCUCCCCGUGCGCUCCUCGGGGAGGUGUUGGAGAGGGGACAAAAUAAAAGAGAAGAAAGCAGGAAGAGACGGUGACAGGGCAGGGCACCAUGGGAGCGGGCAUCAAGGGCCAGGGGGGUGCCAGGGCACUGCCCGCCCCAGCACGGUGACAGGGGAGGGCUGGCUGGGAGCACCUGCUCGCCACCUCCCGUGUGUCCCCGUGUCACCUCUGUCUCCGUGGGACCCCCAGCCCCACCAUGGGGUGUUGGUGACAGAGGAGGGCAGCAGCAGGAGCUGCUCGUGGGCACGGGGCAUUGGAUGGGCACAGCGGAUCCCCCAAGGACCUGGCUGGGCACGGCUCUGUCCUGCCCCCGGCUCUGAGGAUGCACAGGCUGCUCCUGCUCGGCUGCCUCUGGCUCCUGGCAGCACCCCCAGGCUCCAGCAUCUUCCAGAGGCCAACGGGGACCCCAGCCCCCCUGCACCUGCAGUACCUGCUGGAGCCCCUGCACCCCACGGUGCACACGCAGCGCGGCGCCACGGCCACCCUGCCCUGCGUGCUGCGCGCCCUGCCUCGCAACUACCGCGUCAAGUGGAGCAAGGUGGAGCCGGCCAACUACGGGGAGAACAUCAUCAUCAUCACCAACGGGCUGUUCCACAAGAACUACGGGCCCCUGAGCCCGCGGGUGCGCCUGCGGCACAGCCACCGCUACGACGCCUCGCUCACCAUCAGCGACGUGGCGCUGGAGGACGAGGGGCGCUACCGCUGCCAGCUGGUCAACGGGCUGGAGGAUGAGAGCAUCUCGCUCACGCUGCACCUCGAGGGUGUUGUCUUCCCUUACCAGCCCAGCAACGGGCGCUACAAAUUCAACUACCACGAAGCCAAGCGAGCCUGCGAGCAGCAGGACUCCCGCCUCGCCACCUACCAGCAGCUCUACAAAGCCUGGACAGAGGGGCUGGACUGGUGCAACGCUGGCUGGAUCCUGGAUGGGACCGUGCACUACCCCAUCAUCAACUCGCGGGAGCCGUGCGGCGGCCGCCUCCUCCUGCCCGGGGUGCGCUCCUACGGCGCCAGGGACAAGCAGAAGGACAGAUUCGAUGCUUUCUGCUUCACCUCUGCCCUUCAAGGCCAAGUCUACUUCAUCCGGGGCCACCUGAACUUCAAGGAGGCGGCGCAGGCGUGCCGAAACCAGGGUGCUGCCCUGGCCAAGGUGGGCCAGCUCUACUCAGCCUGGAAGUUCUCCCAGCUGGAUCGCUGUGACGGGGGCUGGCUGGCGGACGGCAGCGUGCGCUACCCCAUCACCACGCCCCGGCAGCGCUGCGGAGGGCUGCCCGAGCCCGGCGUGCGCAGCUUUGGCUUCCCCAGCAAGGAGAUGAGGACCUACGGCUCCUACUGCUUCGUGGGCAAGUGAGGACAUGUGGCCGAGAAGAUGGGACACCGCUGGUGUGGCGUUUGUUUGAGGACACACAGGACAGCGCUGGUGUGGCGGUGUUUGAGGGUCCCCAGGAUAAGGGAAGACAUGAGAACACCAUGUUUGAGAAGGCUGAUUUAUUAUUUUAUUGUAUGUAUUAUAUUAAAGGAAAAUUAAAUACUAAAACUGUACUAAAAAGAAGAGAAAGGAGGACCUACGGCUUCUACUGCUUUGUGGGCAAGUGAAGACAUGGGGCUGAGCAGCUGGGACAGCGGUGGUGUGGUGAUGUUCGUUUGGGGACACAGG